GCAACGUCUUCUACUCUCCUCUCAGCAUCUCCUCAGCCCUGGCUAUGGUGAUGCUGGGGGCCAGGGCCAACACAGCCACACAGAUGUCCGAGGUCCUCUGCGUCACUAAGGCAAAGAAGCUGUGUGAGACAAAGGCAGAGGAAGAGCAGAUGCCGACAGGUGCAGAUGCAGAUGCAGCAGCAGACCCAGAGAAGCAGAUUUCCAGUCUAUGUGCUGAAGUGUCUGAAGGCUCAGGAUGAUGUCCAUGUCAAGUUUUCCAAGCUAAUAAAGGAGCUGAACAAGGCUGGAGCCCCGUACUCCCUCAGCCUGGCCAACAGGCUGUAUGGAGACCAAUCCUACCAGUUUGUUGAGGGGUUCCUGGCAGACACCAAGAAGCACUAUGAUGCAAAGCUGAAGUCUGUGGACUUCAAAGCCAGCGCAGAGACAGCCAGGAUCAAUAUCAACAACUGGGUGGAGAAGCAGACCCAAGAUAAAAUCAAGGACCUGCUUGCCCCGGGUGUAGUGGACAGCAUGACCAGGCUGGUGCUGGUUAAUGCCAUCUACUUCAAAGGCAACUGGGACAGGAAGUUUGACGCCGACCUCACCAAGGAUGCUCAGUUUAAACUCAACAAGAAUGAAAACAAGCCGGUGAAGAUGAUGUACCAGACAGCCGAAUUCCCUCUCACCUACAUCCGUGAGGUCAACUGCCAGAUCCUGGAGCUGCCUUACAAAGGGAAGGACCUCAGCAUGCUCAUCUUCCUGCCCUAUGAGAUGGAGGACGACACAACUGGUCUGGAGAAGCUGGAGAAGGAGCUGACCUACGAGAAGUUUGUGGAGUGGACACAACCACACAAGAUGUACACAGUGGAGGUUGACGUGGGCCUGCCCCGAUUCAAGAUGGAGGAGUCGUACAACCUGAAAGACAUCCUCACCCGCAUGGGGAUGGUCGACGCCUUUGAUGUUAGAAUGAGCGACUUCUCUGGCAUGUCUCCGGCCAACGACCUGGUGCUGUCCCAGGUGGUGCACAAGGCUUUUGUGGAGGUCAACGAAGAGGGAACCAAGGCUGCCGCCGCCACCACUUCCGACAUAAUGUUGUGCUGCGGCAUUCCCACAUUCAUCGCAGACCACCCCUUCCUCUUCUUCAUCCGACACAAACCCAGCAUGAGUGUCCUGUUUGCUGGCCGAUUCUGCUCGCCUGCCUGAGCACUGCAGUGCUU